CUUUAAUCAUAUAUUUGCUCUGGUGUGACGCAUCGUUAUGGGUUAACGAUCUUUUCAGUGACGCGUAUUUCGCGCGAAACUCAUUUUCGGAGAGUUAAAGUGAAGAGAUGAGCAAAAAGGACAACGGUGCUGCUGUCAUCCUCGCCUAUCUGAACGAGAAGAACAGGCCCUACAGUGCACAAGAUGUGUUUUGUAAUCUACAAAAGCAGCAUGGAUUGGGCAAAACGGCUGUGGUCAAAGCCAUGGAGCUGCUGGCGCUGGAGGGGAAGAUAAAGGAGAAAGCAUAUGGCAAGCAGAAGAUUUAUUUUGCUGAUCAGUCCCAGUUCCAAGAUGUGAAGGAGGCAGACCUGAAGGCCAUCGACUGUCACAUCUCAGAGCUCAGUGCCGAGCUGCAGUCCCUCACCCAGAGCUGCAGACAGCUAGAUGCAGAGCUGAAGGAGCUCAGCAGCUCCCUGACCACAGAGGAAAUGGUGUCAGAGAUCAAAGAGCUGAAAGCCGAGUGUUCUGGGUACACAGCCCGUCUGGAGAAGAUAAAGUCUGCCACAAAUCACGUCACUCCAAAAGAGAAGGAGAAGGUUUACAAAGAGAGGGAUGUAUAUGUGAAGGAGUGGAAAAAGAGGAAGAGACUGGCUUCAGACAUGAUCAAUGCAAUCCUGGAAGGGUAUCCUAAGAGCAAAAAGGAGUUCUUGGAUGAAGUCGGAGUAGAGACCGACGAGGACUGUAAGGUGGUUGUUCCAAGUACUUGAAGUAAACGAGAAAACGAUUUGUUCGUCCACUUCAUCAAUGUGAGCCUGUGCGGCGCUCGGCCGAGGAUAUAGAUUAAACAUCAGGGCGGUGUGAGCCACAGCACAUUCUUUAUUGAUAGCCUUUGUUUUGAACAGAUAGUACAUCUUUAAUAAAAGCUGCAUGGAAGUACAACUUCUGUAAUUGAAAGUAUAUUUAUACAAAAAAACACUGUGGCAUCAUCAGGCAGCACUGAGGGAUGUGUGUCACCUCAUAGGCAGCAGCGGUUUGUUUGCUUCCCUUUUUAGAAGCCAUACUAAAUCUGAGAGUCUGAAAAUGGCAGAUUAUUCCUUACAGUUUUGAUGUUCUUUGUUAUUAAUGUUCUAUUUCUUUUUUUGAAAACUAAAUAAAAUAAAAUGUUUUUUCAAGCAUGGACAGUUAUUCAGAACCUUAAUGUAUUAUGAGGCGUGGGUUGUCCCAUUUUCCACCUCUCCUUUGUACACUUUCUUCAUGCAGUAUUGUUAUUAAAUGUUCAUGACAGUUAUGUUACACACUGAAGUGCAAACAAUCAUUUCUCCUAUAAGAGAACCAUCUACCAACUAUUGUGGGGAUCACUGCCCAGCUUUACAGGAUUUUUCUGCUGUUGUCUUUCACACUUUAUUUGAUUUUGGGUGAAUUAAACAGGACGCACAUUCAGUAUUUUUUCUUUUUUACAUAGAUUCAUGUCACUCUUUGGAUGGUGAUAUACAGUAGAUCGCUUUUUAUAAAAGAACCAUCAAAAGAAAAUACUUCCAACAUUUCCCUGUAAAUUAAAGCAACUCAUGAACAGAGCAGUCCUGUGCAUGACAAGUCGUCACAAAAAUCUGCUUUAUAUCAUAUGUUUAAAAAUCAAAGUACAAAAAAAAAAACAAAUUCAGUACAGCCUCUGUAAGUCUCUGUGUCUCAGUGACAGAUUCCACAGUGCUGUUAAAAAUUCAGAAGUGCUGGUUGAUUAUUGCACCAUUUGAAAAGAUCAUAAAAGCCACUAACGCAUCAUUUUAAAAAGGUCCAGUGUGCAAGAUUUAGGUUCUAGGGCAGAAAUUAAAAUUAAAUACUUAAGAGUAAGAACUGUUGUGUUUUAGUCACUGACAGUAGAAUGAAUGGACAGAGUAUGCGUGACGUCACCCACAUGUUUCUGAAGAAGUUCUGAAUCUGACCGCCUCCUGGUUAAUCAUAAAAAUUGACAAAGACAUGGCUCAACGGUGGACAGGAUUCACUUCUCUGCUACGGAGGUUGGCGCUUUGUUUCAGUUAGCUCAGAAUGGGCCGUUUUUCUCUACAGACGGAGCAGACGACAAACCAGCGGGUCUACAUGGGGGUUUUCUUGGGUGAAGGGGUAUUCAGUUGGUUGCGAUCACAAAUCCUACACACUGGACCUUUUUAAUAUAAAAUAAUCUGUUUUAAACUGCCAUCUGAAAGCAUGAAAAUCAACACUUUGUAUUUAACAUCAUCUCUCAAAGAAACACGACAUGUAUAACUGUAUUCAACAUUUAACACAAUGUGUGGUAGCUUAAUUAUUUUGCAAAGUCAAUAUAUAAACAAACAAGUCAUCCAAAGUCCUCUAUGCUUCCUUGUAUUGCACACCUCAGCGAAUUGUCAUUGCUGCAUGAAUGAAAUAAUCAAACCUGAAGCGAUAUAGAGCACGCUCCUGAGUGUGUGCAGAAUUAGGAGAAAUGACCCUGCAGUAGUAUCGUCGUCUGCUAUGGUUCAGGAGUGCAACGGCUGACUCACAGUGUUUGUACACUGAAGCGGAGACGAGCCCUUUGGAUCAG